ACACCCUCCAACUGUCCUUCCUGAUCAAUCUUACACCCGCCGGCGCGCACAUUCGUCGCCGCAUCGCAUCGCUGCGUCACGGUCUCCCGCGCGGCUCUGCCCAUCAAGUCCGUUGCUGUGAGCUGCUAAACACCGACAUCUCCUCGACCAACAACACCACACUCCUCCUGCCAUCGGCGACAUCGCCACAGCAUCCGCGUCUGAACACCGCCACCGCGCAUCAAUCACCAUGGUUGGACUGACAUCUGCCGCUGGCCUGGUCGGCUUCCUGGCUGCAGAUGAGGACCCGACGUUGAAGGCGUUUGCCUUGGAGCGACUGAACGAGGACAUCGACAGUGUGUGGACAGAGGUUUCCGCCUCCAUCGGCCAAAUAGAAGAGCUGUAUGAAGAUGAGAGCUUCUCUCAUCGCGAACUCGCUGCUUUGGUAUUGUCAAAGGUGUACUACCAGCUGCAAGCAUACGAUGAAUCGAUGGUCUUCGCACUCGGAGCGGGCAAGCUGUUCAACCUCGAUGAUGCAGGCGAGUACGAGGAGACCAUCGUGGCCAAGUGCAUCGAUACCUACAUCUCUCUCUGCGCCUUGCACAAUCCACCGACACCCGCGUCCUCGGCUGCCCGUCAUGGUUCUGCCGACUACGAAAACAAUGUACCGACCGCCUCACCGACGACUCCCUUCUCGCAAUCCGCUAUUCCAUCAAAGUCUCUCUUAUCGCGCGAGGAUGAGAAGACGUUCGACUCAUCCGCACCUGGCGGAGGCAAUGCAGGUGUUCCGGGAGCGCACCCUCACCCGCUGACGUUGCCCAACCCAGUCAAGAAGAACCUGCAAACUGUCAUUCGCAGAAUCUUCGAAAGCUGUUACGAGGUUGGUGCUUACAGACAGGUCGUCGGUAUUGCGGUAGAGGCUCGAAACAUGGAAGUGCUCAAGGAAGCGAUUCUGAGAUCGAGCAAGGACGAGAUUGGGAAAGGCAAGAAGGCUGCAACAACAGGUGGUCAGACUGAGGAUCUCAUGGAAUAUGUCCUGGACAUUUGCAUGAAUGUCGUGCAAGAGCGAGGCCUUCGGAAUAACAUCUUGAAGCUCAUUCUCGAGCUACUGAACGACAUCCCCAGUCCAGACUACUUUGCCAUUGCUCGCUGUGUUGUCUACCUCAACCAACAGUCAAUGGCAUCAGAUAUGCUGAAGACUUUGGUGCAGAAGGGCGAUGGCAAAUCUCUGGCCAUUGCGUAUCAGCUGUCCUUUGAUCUAUACGAAAACGGCACGCAAGAAUUCUUGCAAAAGGUCAUGGACGAGCUGCCAGAGGCCGAACCAGAAGGCACAGAUGCACCACACAUGAACGGAAGCGCUGUGCGUCCUGCUACUCCACAUCCGAACCAAGACGAAAAUGCUGCCGAAUCUGAUCAGCUCCUCUCUGAGCUCAACGACUCGGCUGGCGCACCCCAAACCUCGACUGUCGUUACAUCUAGGACGAAGCCCAAGCCGGAGACUGAGGCCCAGAGCAAGGCUUAUGCAUCGAUACGGAAGAUCUUGCGCGGUACUACGAGCAUCGAAUUAAAUUUGGAGUUCCUAUUCCGUGCUGCGCAUACUGAUCGCGCCAUUUUGAACAAGGUCAGAGACUCGCUUGAGGCCCGCAACAGCAUCUUCCACACAUCCGUAACAUUUGCCAAUGCAUUCAUGAAUGCCGGUACCACAAUCGACAGCUUCUUCCGAGACAACCUGGAGUGGCUUGGGAAAGCCGUGAAUUGGAGCAAAUUCACCGCAACGGCCGCGUUGGGAGUAAUUCAUCGCGGGAAUCUGAACAACGGACAGAAGUUGCUUGAGCCAUAUCUUCCCAAGGAGAACGCUAAUGCCAGCGCCGGUAGCACCUACAGCCAAGGUGGCUCACUCUACGCCUUAGGUCUGAUAUACACCAACCACGGUACGCACGUACUUGAGUACCUUCGCAAGCAGUUCAAAGCCACACAGGAAGAAGUGGUUCAGCACGGUGGAGCUCUUGGGCUCGGUGUUGCUGGCAUGGCAACUGGAUCUGAGGAAAUCUACGAGGAUCUCAAGAAUGUUCUGUACGCCGACUCGGCUAUCAACGGUGAAGCUGUUGGCCUUGCAAUGGGCCUCACCAUGCUUGGCACAGGCAACACGCGAGCUCUUGAUGACAUGAUCCAGUACGCACACGACACCCAACACGAAAAGAUCGUUCGCGGACUGGCCAUGGGUAUGGCACUGAUCAUGUAUGGUCGACAAGAAGGAGCCGACGAGCUUAUUGCCGGCCUGCUAGAGGAUGCCGACCCAGCGCUCAGGUACGGUGGUAUCAUGACCGUUGCUCUCGCUUAUGCCGGCAGUGGCAGCAAUAAGGCUGUGCGAAGACUGUUGCACAUUGCUGUCUCUGAUGUCAGUGAUGACGUGAGAAGAGCAGCGGUAAUGAGCUUGGGAUUUGUUCUCUUCAGAAAGCCAGGCAGCGUGCCGAGAAUGGUCGAGCUUCUUGCCGAGAGCUACAACCCGCACGUACGAUACGGUGCAACCAUGGCACUUGGUAUUGCUUGUGCUGGUACUGGUCUCGAAGAAGCUAUCGACCUUCUUGAGCCCAUGAUGAAGGACUCGGUCGACUUUGUGCGACAAGGUGCUUUCAUUUCCAUGGCGAUGAUCAUGGUCCAGCAGAAUGAAGCCAUGAAUCCGAAGGUCAGCGCUCUUCGAAAACAGCUCCAAAAGUCCAUUGGCGACCGACAUGAAGAUGCCAUGGCCAAGUUUGGAUGCGCUCUCGCACUCGGCAUCAUUGAUGCUGGUGGCCGCAACUGCACUAUUGGGCUUCAAACACAAACCGGUAAUCUCAACAUGCCUGCGAUCGUCGGCAUGGCAGUCUUCCUGCAAUACUGGUACUGGUUCCCGCUUACUCACUUCCUUGCACUCUCCUUUACACCAACCUCCAUCAUUGGUGUCGACUCAGACCUCGAGAUUCCAAGUUUCGAAUUCUACAGCAACACUCGACCAAGCAUGUUUGACUAUCCACCUGAGGUGGAAGUCAAGACAGAGGAGGCACCUGAGAAGGUCAAGACUGCUGUCCUGUCUACUACUGCACAAGCGAAGCGAAGAAAAGCCGCGAAGGAUCGACAGAAUCGGCGCGAGAGCAUGGAUGUUGACGCUGCGCCGUCGACGCCAAAGCCCGAUGCUGAUGGCGACAAGAUGGAGACAGAUGAAAACGCCAUCGAUACCAGCAAAGUUGGUGAUGAAAAGGAUGGCGAGAAGGAGAGUCUGAAGAAGAAGGUGGAGAAGGAGAAGGUCGGCUUCAAUCUGGGCAACAUGAGUCGUGUGCUACCUGCACAGAUCAAGUACAUCAGCUUUGCACCGGAUGGUCGAUACCAACCCGUGAAGAAGCCAACCGGAGGUGUCAUUCUCCUCAACGACACCCAACCUUCCGAAGCGAAGACAUUGCUUGAGCUGAAGGCUCGUAAGAAGACCGCAUCUGCUGCCCCAGCCCCAGGCGCUCCUGCGACAUCUUCAAAUGACACGGCCAUGGAGGACCUCGGUGUUCCUGCCUUUGGCGGUGCGGCUGCGGCUGCCGGUGUUUUGACAGCCGUCGACGAGGACGAUGAUGGUGAAGAAGCGCCCGUGCCUGACGAGUUCGAGGUCGAUGAGGACGAAGCGGAGGAAGACUCAUAGGAGGGCGAAGAUUUCGACUGGUGGUGACAAUCUCAGUCCCUGUAUUCUGACAUAUGCAUGUGGCGUGAUGAGCCUUUGGACUGGCUGUAAUCGCUGACCGCAUUUUGAACGGCAUUGUGUGCUUCGCCUGGCUAGGCAGCUAACGAAGCGCGAUGUAUAAAUACGGACCAGCACGUAUUGACUCGAAUGAGAUCUAUAGAUCAGUG